CAGCUUCCAAGCAAGGGCUGUGCUGCGGGCAUGUAUCGCUUUCAUAAAGACAGAUUGGUAAAAUGCACGGAAGUAUCAUAUUCUCUCGGUGUUAAUUCUCGCAUUUAUCUAUUUGAACCUCUACUUUCUGUAAAGAGUAGGUCAAGAAUAUGGGAUAAUUUGCAAAUGUGGGAGGAUGCUUUUUUCGAUAGCAUCGCCCAGGAACGAGAUAUCAUUGGUCUAGAUCAGGCGCCAUUGGAGUCAAUGGCUCAUUAUCAGAGUCUUGGACCGAAUGAACGGCGUCAGUUAGAACUGGAUGAAGACCGUCUUCUGGCUGUGUUAUUACACAAUCUCUUUGCCUCCAUGAUAAUGAUGCGAGUUGAUCGCGCACAGUUGCGUGCUCAUAUUCGUCGUUGGCAGGCCAGGUGUCGACUUAGCUUGCAUUAUGCUCAGACCGUUUCUCGGCUGCUUGAGGCUAUGCCUUAUCUGGUCGUUGGCUGA